CAAAUAUUUAACGAGUUGAGGAUUUUAACAAUAUGAGAUUAAGAGAUUUAUUAUCUAUCAUAAUUUAUCUUCUGGUUUUUUUUCUAUCGUCUCCCGCAAUAAAAGCUUAAAGAGGAAAAAACAGAGAAGUGGGGAGUGAUAUCAUAGAAUAGUAGUGAGCAAAGCAUCCAACUAUUUAUUCGUUUGUGUGUGUGUGUAUAUAUAUAUUUGUUCUUUUACAUUGAAAAUCUGAGAAGAAAAUAAGUUUUUAAAAAAUGGAGAAGGUGGAGGAAUUGGCGAGUAACGUGGAAGAAGAAGUAGGGGAAGUGCUGGAGCAAACGAGGGAGUUGCAAGAAUCAGGCGCUUCGCUUUUAUGGAGGCUAUCCAAUGAGGAGCAAUCCCUUCGUCAAAGAGCUAAUUCCCUCGAAUCCUCUAUUCGCCGCCUCCGUUCCUUGAUCACUUCCGUACUCUCUCAAAAGCUUUUGGAUCCCGAGCUCGCCGACAAGCUCGAAGAGGAUUUAGAGAGAGCCAGAUGCUUUGUAACCGAUGGAGAUGCCGCUGCUUUUCUUCCUGCCAAAUAUCAGGGAAAAUUUUUGAAGACGUUUCUGGCAAUAAAUGUGCGUGCAUCUCGCAAAGACGUCCAGUUGAAAGUUAAAGAGGAAUAUAACAGCUACAGAGAUAGGACUGCCUUUCUGUUUCUUCUCUUCCCAUUAACUUUGCUUAUUUUAAGAUCUUGGAUCUGGGAAGGAUGCUUGCCUGCAUUUCCAGUUCAGCUGUACCAGGCAUGGUUGUUGUUCCUUUACACUGGUUUGGCUUUACGUGAGAACAUAUUGCGGUCAAAUGGAAGUGAUAUUUGUCCAUGGUGGAUAUACCAUCACUAUUGUGCCAUGGCUAUGGCCCUAGUUAGUAUCACUUGGGAGGUUAAAGGACAGCCUAAUUGUACUCAGAAGCAGAGGGGUGUAGAACUUUUCUUUCAAUGGGCUAUGAUGCAAGGGGUUGCCAUGCUUCUUCAAAAUAGAUAUCAGCGCCAAAGACUUUAUACUCGUAUUGCCCUAGGAAAGGCUAAGAGAAUGGAUGUUGUCUGGGGAGAAACGGCUGGUGUAGAUGGUCAGUUGUGGGUUUUAUGUCCAAUACUUUUCCUUAUGCAGGGUUUCGAGGCAUAUGUUGGAGUACUAUUGCUCAAGACAGCAUUUUUUUGGGUUGUUCCUGAAUGGCAGAUAAUUUUUUGUGGCAUACUUUUGGUUGUUAUGGCUGUUGGGAACUUUAUAAACACGGUACAGACACUCGUUGCCAAGUCAAGGUUUAAGGCAAAGAUGAAAAAAACAAAGGGCAAGCAAGAGUUGUAGAGGGGGUGUUUGUAAUUGUUAGCUCAAUCCUAACAUAGCGUUUAUGAUCUCAUUUUGUUUCUAAUGUUUUACGGUGUCUUGAACAUGUUUGUUUAAAUGAGGCAAUGGCCAGUUCACCUUUGUAAAUGGAAACGGGCAAUGCCUAGAACUCUCACUUAAAUUUGCAAAAAGUCAAGAAGGGAAUCUCAAAUCUGGGAGCUUCCUGGAUCCAAAAAUGGUGAAGGUCAGUCCAUAUUUGUUGGCAUUUCCUUUUUUUUUUUCCCUUAUUGGGCUUGAAGUUCUUCACCAUUUUGUAACUCUAUAGUUUAUAAGAUAUUGCCAAGUCCAAGGAUUGGCUUCUGUUUUGGGCACAAAUAAUUGGCUUGUAAUGCAACUAAUUUUCAUGAGUUUUGUUAAUGAGGAUUUUAAGGGUAUAAAAUAAAA